AUGGGCACACGGACGUCCCUGAACCAGCUGUCCUGGAGGAAGCGCAUCGGCGUGUGCGCCACCUCCGUCCUCGGAGGCGUUUCUGGGGGCCAUCUGGCAGAGUCCCGUCACAGUCACCGGGGAGCUGUGAGCGGGCAGGCUCCCCGGAGGAGGCGGGACGUGCCGGCCGGGGACCGGCUCACCCCUUCCCUGGGCUCCUCCUCCCCGUCCUCGUCCUCCGUGGGGGGCAGCGGGGCCCCCUCGGACCAGCAGGCCCUCCUGAGGCGGGGAAGGAGGCACCUGCAGGGGGUCGGCUUCAACAGCUUUGACUUCCGCGGCAGCCGGCCCACCACGGAGACAGAGUUCAUUGCCUGGGGGCCCACAGGGGAGGAGGAGGCCCUGGAGUCCAACACAUUUCCGGGCAUUUACGGCCCCACCACGGUCUCCAUCUUCCAAACACGAAAGACAACAGUGGCCACUGCCACCACCACCGCCACCGCCACCACGGCCACCUCCAUGACGCUGCAGACUCAAGGGGUCACCGAGCCCCUGGACCCCAGGAGUAGAAUCCUGGUUGGGGUUAGCACAACGGAGACUUCCACCAGUCCCAGCAAAGACAGUGACAAAGACAGCAAGCCCCCGCGGGUUCUGGGGGAGACCUCAGGUUUGGCGGUCCAUCAGAUCAUCACCAUCACCGUCUCCCUCAUCAUGGUCAUAGCUGCUCUGAUUACAACUCUUGUCUUAAAAAACUGGUAAGGCUUCUCGGCCCUGCUGGCCUGGAAACAGGGG